UAAACUGAAUUCCACAGCAGUUUUUCGAAACCGGUUGUAAACAGACAGCAAACGCACUCGUUACUUUAUGAGAGUUCGCAUUUCGCAGUUACGUGCUAAUUUUGGCUGUUUGGAUACUUUGACAGCUCAUACACGUUGUUGUUGUUUUUUUUAAUCCUGGGCUUGGUGUUAUUUCAGUCAGACUGCAGGUGAGGUCAGUGAACUGUACUCACCUCACUGGCUAAACAGAAGUAGCUACUAGUGUGCUGUUUUAUUGCAAAAGAAAUAGCAAAACCACGAUUUUUAUUCCAGUUCUUAGGUUUACCCUGGGGAUAUCAUCGCCUGCUCCAGGGUGGAGAGCUGACACGACUGUCCUUGAGCCUUCCGGAAAAUAUUGCACUGUAACGCUCUCCCAGUUUAAAUGAGCUGGAAUGAAUGUGUCUGGCUACUGCGGCUGGGUUUAGAGUUUCAGCUCGUUUCCUUUCGGUUGUUUUAACCAGCUGUAGGCCUCAGGCUUUGCUUAUGGAGAUCCAAGUGGCACAUCUGCCUCCGUCCAAGUCUGAAGAGUGUCAGAGGCGCUUUCAGGCGGCUGUGGAUGUCAUCCAGAACCUGCCCAAAAACGGUUCCUACAGGCCUUCAUAUGAAGUGAUGCUGCGUUUCUAUAGCCUGUAUAAGCAGGCUGUGUGUGGACCUUGCACAACAUCUCGCCCAGGCUUCUGGGACCCUGUGGGUCGCUACAAGUGGGAUGCUUGGAAUCGGCUUGGAAACAUGAGUCGUGAGAGUGCCAUGGCUGCCUAUGUUGAUGAGAUGAAGAAAGUUGCGCAAGAGGUAAUAGACAAUAUGGCCAUAAAUGAGAAGACGGCCUCUUUUUACCAUUACUUUGAGCCACUCUACCAUGUCAUUCAUGAUCUGCCAAGACCACCAGAGGCACUACUGAGUCUGAGACAAGAUAUAAAUGCAAACGAAGCAACUGAAAAUCCAGCUGAGGAUAUGAAUGGUGCCAUACAAGAAGAAAUAACUCCAGAACAAGAGCAAAAGCUGGAUCUUGAGCCUUUCCUUAAGAGUGUGCCUCAGAGUGAAAGUGCAGACAUGGCUCUGUCAGAUGGUCUGGUGCUGACUAGCGACUCUGAGAGUGAAAUCUUCUGUGACUCAGUGGAGCAGCUGGACUGCGUUAAGCAGCCAGUUCCUGAGCCGUACAACAAGCAGAACUGGCAUGUGAACUACACACCUGCCCUCCAGGUGACCCAGCUGGGUGCUGGACAGGGUGGAGAGGGGGCUGGGAAUGGACCACCACCAAAGAAGAGGGAACAAGGAAGAGAUGGAAUGAGGCAUGGUUGGAGGGAAGCUCCUGGCGGUGUUCUGUACAACAGCGGUAGACGAGCAGGGCAGCAGGCUUCAGGUGGAGGAGGACACAACCCUGAGAGAGGGACUGAAAGACUACAGGACAUACAAGUGCAGGAGCAGAUCAUACUAGCACUACAGAGGCUCAGAGAGGACAUGCAGAGCGUGAUGGAGCGCCUAGAGGUGGUUGAGGGCUUGGCUGCAGCUUAUGCUCACAAUUCACAGUGGAGACACAUGCAGUUAACAUCUCCACAGACUGAGGUGGAGAAAUGGUGGCCAUUUGAUGUUUCUGGCCGAACUCUGCUGCUGCUUUUGAUCUGGCCUUUCAUCGCUCAGGGAAUGAUAUUCUGGCUACGGCAGAGGAAGAAAAAGCCUCAAAAUCGUGUGUGUCUCUAAUAGGAAUGUAUCUUGUGCAAGGAAAUCAUACUACAUAAUGAUCAGUAUAGUAUUUGAUGCUGAGGUUCAGGUGCUUAAAAAUAAUUAGGAUGCUUUUUAAAAUAAUUCAUUUCAAAACGAACAACCCAUUGAAUCGACUCAACUGAUCCUUUUGAAAUAAACUCGGGGACAUUUAGAACAGUC